GCGCUGUAGAGAACCCUACACAGUGUGGAAACCGGCAAGGUUUAAGUGGGCAACGGAGAAGAGUUCUUCCUCCUUUUUCCGUAUUCAGUACCCAGGAACAAUGUCGAGGAAUGCGAUCUCAAGGCCUCUCAGUUCACUGAGACAAGAAUCAGUUUUCGAUUCUUAUUACAAUUCCUAUUUCAACAAUUCCCUGAAGGUUCCCGAAUCAACUCCUCCUCGUCCAUGGAAACCGAUCUUCAUCGAAUACGUUCCCGAAGAGAAACCCAUCGUUAACACAAACUACAAUCAGCUUCUACGUUGUUGCACUGAUUUGAAAUCCCUCCUUCAAAUCCAUGCACAAUUACUAGUUUCAGGAUAUAAAUCAGACAACUUGACAGAUACGCAUUUAGUACAGAACUACUCGUUAUUUGGUAAACCUGAUUUCGCAAGGUUUGUAUUUAAUAAAAUGGAAAAACCAACUACCAUAUCAUAUAAUUCGAUGAUCAGAGGUUAUACAAGAAUGCAACAAUACAGAAAUGCUAUGUUAUUGUAUCAUAAGAUGUUGUUUAUGGGAGUAGAACCAGACAGGUAUACUUUUGUUAUUACUUUGAGAGCUUGUAUUGAAGCUAAUAAUGUAGAUAUUGGGUUUCUUAUUCAUGAGGAAAUGGUUAAAAAUGGAUUUGAUUCUGAUGUUUUUGUUGUGAGUGCUCUUAUUGAAUUUUAUUUCAAAAUGGGCAAAAUUAAUGCUGCAGAAAAAGUGUUUGAGAAUAUGCCUGAACCUGAUGUUGUUGUUUGUAAUGCAAUGCUUAAGGGGUAUUCGCUUAGUGUGAAACCUUUUGAGGCUUUGAGGUUUUUUUAUAAGAUGCAAAGGGAGGGAAUUGAAGUUAAUUCAGAGAGUUUGUUAAACUUGGUACCUGCUGUUUCUAAGUUGGCGUCUGUUCGUUUCUGUAGAGCUUUUCAUGGUGUUGUUACUACGAGAGGUUUUUCGAAGGCUGUUUUGAAUGGGUUGAUAGAUAUGUACUCGAAAUGCGGAGAUGUACUUUCGACUAGGGCUGUGUUUUAUCGAAUGUGUGGUCGGAAUGAUGUUUCAUGGGGAACGGUGAUGGAGGGUUUUGUCAGUAAUGGUUGGUUUGGGGAAGCAUUGGGGUUAUUUGAUUGCAUAAAAAGAGAGAGAUUGAAGUUGAAUCCGGUAUCAGCAGUGAGUGCACUUCUGGCUGCCGCUGAGGUUGGAAAUGUAGAGAAAGCAAGGGAAAUUCAUGAUUAUUUUUUAAGAGCAGAAACUGCUUCAGACAUUAAGAGUUUAAAGAAAGCAAAGGAGAUUCAGGAUUACUUUGUUCAUUUAGGAAUUGAUUCAGAUGUUGAUAGGUCGUCAACAUCAACCUCUUAUAGAGCAGGAAUUGACACAGAUACUUAUUGGUCAUCACCAGAAACCUCUUAUUAGCUCAGCUUAAGACUAAAGUUCACCUAAAGUACAUGCAGGGAGCCAGGGUUAGUAUGUGCCCAAGCAACAUGUAAAAGAUAGUAUGUGAUCUUUUGGCAAUCAUGUUUUCCACAUUAUCGAUUGCAUAGUCUUAAUAUCAAUUUCAAUAGUAAUGGUAUAUGUUUGAAAGAUACCAUAACAGAAUUUAUAUAUGUUUGGAUAA